UUGAACAGCUAUAGUAACCAGAUACCAGUUAGUAGAACAAAUAAGAUUGCUUAACAAGAGAAUGAUGUAGGAGGAUUGGGGAUUCAGCAGGGAGCGCGGAUUCUCUGUUCUGAUCCCGGGCCCUGACUUGUAUUCUAAAAUUAUUCAUCAAAGUCAUCUCUCCCGAAUUCUGAAUCACAACUUCAGAAGUACACAGUUGGUCACAAUGCCUACUGAUGAGGUCAUGCCAAAUUCCAAAUCACCUGACCGCCGGCAGCUCGCGCAUCCGGGGAGAGGCGGGCCCGGCGCCGCCUUCCGUGGUGCCUCUGCAGAAGCCCUGGCAGCGGAGUCACGGAAACGUGCAGGGGCCGGAGAAGAGCCCGGGCGCGAGCGAGAACCAGGCUGGGAGCUGCGGCUCCUCCCGCGACACACUGGCCGAGCGGCCGCACGGGACGCCGGGUGCCCGGGCUCCUCUCCUCCAGCCGCGGACGUUCCGAGGAGGGUCCGCGCGCCGGGUCCUGCGCCGCCUGCAGAGGGGCCUCGGGGCCAAAUUUGAAUCUCUCUUUAGGACAUAUGACAAGGAUAUCACCUUUCAGUAUUUCAAGAGCUUCAAACGUGUCCGAAUAAACUUCAGCAACCCCUUAUCUGCAGCCGAUGCCAGACUGCAGCUGCAUAAGACUGAGUUUCUUGGGAAGGAAAUGAAGUUAUAUUUUGCUCAGACUUUACACAUAGGAAGCUCACACCUGGCUCCACCCAAUCCAGACAAGCAGUUCCUGAUCUCACCUCCUGCCUCUCCACCGGUUGGUUGGAAACAAGUGGAAGACGCUACUCCAGUCAUAAAUUAUGAUCUUUUAUAUGCUAUCUCCAAGCUUGGGCCAGGAGAGAAGUACGAACUGCACGCAGCGACCGACACCACCCCCAGUGUGGUGGUCCACGUGUGUGAGAGCGAUCAGGAGAAUGAGGAAGAGGAGGAGAUGGAUAGGAUGAAGAGACCCAAGCCCAAGAUCAUCCAGACGAGAAGGCCGGAGUACACACCGAUCCACCUGAGCUGAACUGGCACCGGCUGAAGAGGCGUUCUCGGUCAUACUCACAGGAGGAUCUUUUACUGUGGAAGGGGCCAGUCACAACUUUGGAGGUGGCAGCCGUGAGCACUGUGGCAGAAAUUCCAGUUCACGUUGCUCAGAAGAGAAUCAAGGCUUCGUCUCCUUGUUCUGAUGCUGCGCCUCAGUCCACGUCCCUGGCACCCAGGAAUGUCUUGGGCCAAUCACUGAGUUUGUUGUGAUCGCACAAGGACAUUUGGGGACGUCUUGAGAAAACCAAUAAUGAUAGUGUCUUGUACUUGUUCUUUUCUGGUAGGUUCUGUUUUCGCCUAGGGCAGAUUGAUCAGUGGGUCCAGGGAGUGCUUUCCGCUUCUAGCCAGUGUACAGGGCACAGCCCCAACUGGUAGGAAGGGGCCUCACACGAAGCCACCCCGCGUCUAGUGCAGAAGGGCUGUGGAAGCAACCUCAGCGCCAUGUGGACUGUAGCGUCUCACUCCUUCCCUCAUGUCUGAGCGUUUGUGCAUGUAUAUCACUAAUUUCAAGACUAACCUUUGUUCGUGUAAGAAGUUACACCAUUGUUGUUUUCCAUCUUUUGGGAAGCUAGGAAAGCAUUGGAAAACUGUCACCUUCCAGAUUUUCAGCUCUUUGCAACAACAUCCACAUGUGGAAUUGCACCUGGAAUCCAGUCUCAUCCUGUCCGGUGCAACACGUAACUUGUGCUUCUGCAAAAGACGUUGAUCUGAAUUCCUCUGUAGAGUAGCUUAUACAAUUCAGAGAAUAGCAGUUUCACUGCCAGUUUUUAGCAGGUGAGAAAUUUUAGUUUAGGUGUUUGGGUUGGAUAUCAGUCUCCGUUGUUUCUUUUAUGUAGUGGUUUCUAUACAUGAAUCAUAACCAAAAGUCGUUUUGGUUGAGAUAGUUGGUUUUUCACCCCACUGAAACAUCCAGAUCAACUUGUAAAUAGAGCUGAUAGCAUAUAUCCAUACCCGUUGUACUCUUGGGUGAAGAAACCUGGCAGUGGAAGGAUAGUGUAAGACGUAUAACCUACCCGUGAAUCGUAUGUUGUAGAAAAGCUGUCCACGUGUUUGACGGGAUGAACUCAAAGCAUGUAAGUGUGUAGUAGAUGUGUGUUGAUAUGAGAGGGAUGCAGUGCCUUUCCCCAUAAUUCCUGGUGGAACUGUUACACUAGGUGAACAUUUGUAAUUUUUUUCUAGUUGUAAUGUGUAUGUCUGGUUAAAUAGGUAUUAUAUUUUGGCCUUACAAUACCAUAACAGUCUGUCAUUCUGAAAUACCUAAUGCCAAGUAACAGUGCAUGCUUUGGAAAUUUGGAAGAUGGUUUUCUUUGGGAAGCAAAUACGUUUGUAUUAACUUCUUGAUUGUUUAUAACAAGAAAUGGAUCGAAUGUUCUCAAAAUCCUGUUUACAGUACUUGGUAGGAGGGAACCAGUAAGGGAGAGACCAUUGCAUAGCUGUUCAAGUGUUUCUAGUUAAGUGCUUUUAAACUGGAGAGGCUAACCUCAAAAUAUUUUUUUUAACUGCAUUCUAUAAUAAAUCGGCACAAUAUGCUCUUUACG